AUUAAGGCGUUGAUUUUGCUGUCAUCUAUGCCCGAGUCUUGGGAUACUGUUGUUGCUGCAAUUAGUAGUUCUCGUGGGUCUGAGAAGCUGAGGUUCGAUGAAAUCCGUGAUGUUGUUCUUAGCGAAAAUUGUAAGAAGCCAAAGAAGAAGCAGAAUCAGAAAUCUGGAGAUGACGGUGAUUCUGUAAAUUCAGCAGAGGAUAUUGGGGAUGCUCUAAUCCUCAGUGUGGACAGCCCAGUUGAAUCCUGGAUUUUGGAUUCUGGUGCAUCCUUCCAUUCGUCACCAAGCAAGGAGUUGUUCCAAAAUUUCAAAUCUGGAAAUUUUGGGAAGGUGUAUCUUGCUGAUAACAAGGCCUUGGUGAUUGAAGGGAAAGGAGAUGUCUCCAUAAAAACACCAACGGGAAAUCAAUGGACAUUGAAAGAUGUCAGAUAUAUUCCUGGUCUCAAGAAGAAUCUGAUCUCUAUUGGUCAGUUGGAUAACACGGGCUAUGCAGCAGAGUUUGGGAAAGGUUCUUGGAAGAUUGUGAAAGGUGCUAUGGUUGUAGCACGAGGCACAAAAUUUGGAACUUUGUACACCACUGCAGGGUGUAUUAACAUGGCUGCUGAUGCUGAUGGUGUUUCCAGUUCAA